AAACCCAGUAUUGUGGUUCCCUUGUCCCAAUCUAAACCCAGUAUUGUGGUUCCCUUGUCCCAAUCUAAACCCAGUAUUGUGGUUCCCUUGUCCCAAUCUAAACCCAGUAUUGUGGUUCCCUUGUCCCAAUCUAAACCCAGUAUUGUGGUUCCCUUGUCCCAAUCUAAACCCAGUAUUGUGGUUCCCUUGUCCCAAUCUAAACCCAGUAUUGUGGUUCCCUUGUCCCAAUCUAAACCCAGUAUUGUGGUUCCCUUGUCCCAAUCUAAACCCAGUAUUGUGGUUCCCUUGUCCCAAUCUAAACCCAGUAUUGUGGUUCCCUUGUCCCAAUCUAAACCCAGUAUUGUGGUUCCCUUGUCCCAAUCUAAACCCAGUAUUGUGGUUCCCUUGUCCCAAUCUAAACCCAGUAUUGUGGUUCCCUUGUCCCAAUCUAAACCCAGUAUUGUGGUUCCCUUGUCCCAAUCUAAACCCAGUAUUGUGGUUCCCUUGUCCCAAUCUAAACCCAGUAUUGUGGUUCCCUUGUCCCAAUCUAAACCCAGUAUUGUGGUUCCCUUGUCCCAAUCUAAACCCAGUAUUGUGGUUCCCUUGUCCCAAUCUAAACCCAGUAUUGUGGUUCCCUUGUCCCAAUCUAAACCCAGUAUUGUGGUUCCCUUGUCCCAAUCUAAACACAGCAUUGUGGUUCCCUUGUCCCAAUCUAAACCCAGUAUUGUGGUUCCUUUCAUCAUUGUAGUUUAUUAAAUAAAGAACUUACAUGUAUUUACGUCAAAUAUAUAACAACUGUAUGAUAAAAUCACAUUGCUCCAGCAGCAAAAUAGCACAAAUAUUUUGGCCAAGGUUUCAAAUGUUCUAUUUGAUAACUUUAACUGUAACUUAACAAUAUAAUGAAUAUGCAUUAUUGAGCAGCAGAACCGUUAACAUUCAGUGCUUGGCUAUUACAACAAUAUGUACAUGCCUGAUAAGUGGUCAAACAUGAAUAGAAUGUUCUAUUUCUUUGUGAACUAUUACUUCAACUUUUCCAGAUUUGUCUGAUCCAAUAGUGCAAUAUCCAGACUUAAUAUGUUUCUUCCCCAAACAGGCAACAAGCUCACUUGGUUUGAAAUGUGUUAGGUUUUUUGCUGGUACCUUCAACUUAUUUUUGAGGGAUUUCACCAAAUCAUCUCUUCCCAAGACUUUUCCAUAGACCAUUUUCACCAUUUUUUGAUAUGUUUGCAACUCUGCAUGCACAAUAUCAGCACUUUCAUCCUCUUGAGACUUUGGUGAACUGCUGAAAUUACUGACAUCACUAUCAUUGGUACAUUUUGACUGCGGUAGACCUCCAUGAGUGGAAUGGAGUGUCGCCUGUGAUGGUGGUGGACUGUAAUGGCGUGUCGCUUGUGAUGGUGGUGGACUGUAAUGACGUGUCCCCUGUGAUGGUGGUGGACUGUAAUAGCACGUCACCUGUGAUGGUGGUGGACUGUCAAAGAGUAAUUGUGAAUUAUCCUCGCUGGAUAAUAUCUCUGUAUCUCCACUGGCACUAUCACUUACAUUAGCCAUUUCAUCUGC